AUGUCGAUCAGCGUACAGGACACAAUAAAGGCCAUCCGGGACAUGAUUCCCAUCAUCGACCCCGACGAGGACUACCUCACCAUCGCCGCGGCUGAAGAGCAGAUGACAAUCACAGAAGGCGAACGCCGUGCGGACCUCGAGGAGGCCCAGUCCAAGGUCCGCUCUCUUACCCGUCUUUUGGACGCCGCGCGCAUAUCCUCCACUCGUCCAUCCACCGUCCCUUCUGCCGAAGCACAUGCCGCUACUCUAAAUGAGCUCGACGCCACACGCCUUUCCCUCGCGAAAGCCAUCAACGAUGCCGAGAGCGCCCUUGCGAGCAAGGAGGCGGAGCUGGCGCGUCUCAAGGAAGAGCUCCACGCCCUGGAAGCUUCGGAUUCUGCCUCAGAACAUGACUUGGAUGCAACCGCGUGA